ACAAAACUACUCAUACAUAUACAUACUUUGCUUUUUCACAUGAUGGUUAAGCUGGUGGUAUUUUUCAUGGUGGUAGCUGUUGCUAAGUCCUUGGGAAACAAAUGUGAUGUACCACCGGAGUUUUGGUGUGGUUCAGAGAAGGUUGCGAGACACUGUCAGGUAACUGAACAGUGUCACCGGUUUUAUGAACCCAAUGCUGACAAAGUGCGGUUUGCUCUGUACUAUGAAUCAAUGUGCCCGGGCUGUAGGGACUUUUUCCGCACCCAGCUGACCAAGACCUUAACUACGUUGAAAGACAUCAUGGAUCUUACACUGGUGCCGUAUGGAAAUGCCUGGGAAAAGAAGGAUGCAUCUGGAAGGUGGAAUUUCACGUGUCAGCAUGGGGAAGAUGAAUGUGUGGGGAACCUGAUUGAGACGUGUGCUAUUCACUUGUUGAAGAACAUCUCUGUAUAUUUUCCUUUUAUCAGCUGUAUAGAACACGAUCAAUUUGGAACACCCCAAUUCUCAGCCAAAAAGUGUGCCAAACAACAAGGAAUAGACCUUCAGCCAAUCAUGGACUGCUCCACCAGUUCCCUUGGCAACAGCCUGGAACACCAGAUGGCGCUUAAAACAGAAGCCCUCAACCCACCCCAUGAAUAUGUUCCCUGGGUCACUCUCAAUGGGGUACACACGGAGGAUAUUCAGAAGAAAGCUGAGGGUGAUUUAACGGCACUGAUCUGUAAUACUUACAAGGGAUCCUCAAAACCUGCUGCCUGCAACAAAAAGACAGGCCUUCAUCACUCAAGGAGAAAAUUAUGAACAGUUGUGAAAAAGCGGAGACAAUUAUUUGAUAAAAAUCUCUUCCAUCUAAUGGUGCUACAUGUAUUUGUGUCUCAGUUGAGAUGAUGGUGACAAGUUUAUAAAAGUAAAAUAUAAUUUCUA